UUAAAGAAACUUUUUAAGUAAUAAUGAAAAUCAUAAUGGAAUUGUAUACUAGGCAUGAUCAUGCUAUUUUAAUCUUUGCAACAGACUUCAGGAUAAUGGUUAUCUGUAAUCCUCAGAUAACCAGUGAGGACACAAAGGUUAAGAAAUUCCAUCAGCAUCACAACUAGCCAUGAGGAAGCUGGGAUUGGAGUGACAGGCACUUACCUUAUUCCUUGUCUAAAGUUAGGGUGAAAAAUGUAGACAGUCUCUCAAAACUAUUGAUUGAAUACCUGUCAUGUGCCAAGCACUGUGGUAUAGCUAUGAAUAAGGUAUCUUUUUCCUCAUAUAGUUUACAUUCCAAAGGGAAAGGGAAAUUAGUGAGUAAUAGACUGUAGUAUCUGAUCAUACGAGGCAAAAAAGAGCCAAAAGACCAGGCACAGUAAUUGAGAAUAAUGAGGCCUCCUUUGGGUUGGGUGGUCACAGGGUUCUGUGAGUUGACUGAGCUGAAAUUUGAUAGAUAAAACGGACUGUGGCCUGCUAAGAGUCAGGGAGUCAAGCUUUCAAGGUGAGCAAACAAAAGGCACAAAGGCCCUGAGCGAGGUUGAGACAUAGAACCAUCUGAGAAGCAUGAAAUAAAACUUUUAGGGUUCAGGGCCUAGUCCUCCAAGUCCUUACUAAUCCUAGAAGUGACGGGAAUCCAUCAAAGAGUUCGGCCGGCUGGCGGGAGCCUGUGUGCUUCCGGAGGGCCCGCCUGAAUCUGUUCCCCGCGGAGGAGUUGAGCCUGCCCUGGCGCCGCCCUGUGCUUGCUGCCUGCACACCGAUGGCGACGCCAUGGAGCAGCUUGGUAAAGCGGCGCUGAACGCGCUGCAGCCACCCGAGUUCAGAAAUGAAAGUUCACUGGCGUCGACCCUGAAGACACUACUAUUCUUCACAGCAUUAAUGAUAACAGUGCCUAUCGGCUUAUAUUUCACAAUCAAAUCUUAUAUAUUUGUAGGUGCCCUUGGGAUGUCCACUAGGGACAGCUAUUUUUAUGCUGCUAUUGUAGCAGUGGUUGCUGUUCAUGUGGUGCUGGCUGUUUUUGUGUACGUGGCUUGGAAUGAAGGCUCACGACAGUGGCGUGAAGGAAAACAAGAUUAACGCGACAUCACCUUUUGAUAGCAUUAAAUCGAUUUUUUAAAAAUACGUUAAAUGCUGCGGGCAUUGAUAAUGAAUACAUUUUAUUUUAGUAAAGUUGAAAGAACAUGUUAAAAUCAA